AUGGCUGAGGAUAUUGUUGAGAUUUUGCAAAGCUUCAAAUUAUCGAUCAAGGAGUUGCAGAUAACAGAUGUGGGGAGAGAGGAGCUAUCCUCAGGUUUAAAGGAAUGCCAAAGCAGCUUGAUAGGGAAGAUUGUGGGUGAGAAGGUAGCUAACUAUACGGGAGUUAAGAAUUUUGUUAUAGCAGCUUGGGGGUACCCAAAGGAUUUGACUGUGGCGGAGCUCGGGUCGAACCUGUUCCAAUUCAUUUUGCCUAAGGAAAGUGAUAGGGAUAGAAUAGCUAAGGAAGGUCCUUGGAUUUUGGAUAAUCAAUUAAUGGUGGUCAACAUGUGGUACGAAGGAAUAGAGGAUGAUGAAAAAGCCUUUAAACUUGCUCCAUUCUGGGUGCAAGUCUGGAACCUCCCAAUUCACUGGAUUUCAAAGGACGUUGGCAAAAAGAUAGGAUCCGUUUUUAAUCAGAUUAGGGAUGUCAUUAUACCACAAACAGGGGGAAAAGAAGGAAGGCACUUGAAGAUAGCUGUUCUGGUGGAUAUUGAACAACCUCUUCUGAGAGGGACAACAAUUAAGGUGGUAGGGGGAGUUAAAUGGGUACACUUUAAGUAUGAGAGAUGUCCGGAUUUUUGCUAUAGCUGUGGAAGAAUAGGACACAGCGAGAGAUCAUGUGGAACGUCUUUGAGUGGGAUUGAAGGGAAAAAGGAUAACCAAUAUGGAAAUUGGAUGAGGAAUAGGGAUUGGGUAGAGAAGGAGAGGGGGGAGACUGCGGGCAGUGAUGUUUCCGGAGGUUUGGAUGAGACACCAAUUGCAGUAACACAGCAAGUGGACCAAACAACCACUCCGACAGAGGCUUUGCCUAAACCAUCUACAAAUAUAGUAUUCUCUCCAAACUUGGUGGGAAUUGCAGAAUCUGGAGCUCCAAAACCAUCAUCUGGAGCGGAACCAAAUAUGCAUGCCGAUGUGAAUGCUGGAAAGGAACAGGAUAGAGGAAAUAUGAUGAUUAUGGGUAGCGAGCUUGAUCAUAUUCAGGGGGAGAAGGGAGGCCAGCAGGUCUUGAAGCCAGGUCCUGAGGAGGGACACUCAGAGGCUAUACUAAUGCAGGUUGAUGAGGGUAGUACAGGUAGGAAGCAAGAGGUAGUGAAAAAACAGAACAAAAGGAUUCAAAGGCCUCUGAGGUCACCAAGUAAAAGAAGACAGGCUCUUAAAGGAAUAUGCAUCAACUUGGGGGAUUUGAAAAACCAAGGGAAAAGAAAAAGUAAUGAAAUGGAUGAGGUUAUGGAGAGCGCUGGGGCUGAUGUGCACGACUUGAAAAAGUAUAAGAUUGAAGUUGCUGGAGGUUCUGAGAAGAAUGGUUGUGAGGGAGAAGGGUCCAUGCCUAGUUGGACCCCAGAGUGCAAAUGA